AAUUUCUUUUAUGGCAUAAAAACUUGUCAUAUAAGGUUCGCAAUAACGAUUAUUUUUGGCUCGUUAAUGGAGCAGACACCGAUGCGAAGUUUUCUUUCGGCGUGAUAAGCAACGCCUUCCAUUAAAGUAGCGAUUCUUGUUUCGAUAAUUGAUCGUUCGAUUGGAGCAGAAAGAUAAAUUAGUGGCACAAUGAUGUAGACAAUAGUGAGUAACGAAUGUUGUGUGCGACAAACGUGCUUGACAAAUAAAAAAUUUUCUUCUCUGUGUUCUUACGAGUGCGAUAGUUUUGACUUAAUUUUUACAGUGUUUCCCUUUUACGCGGCAUUCAGGACGACCGAAUAUAUUUUCUCAACAGAUACUGAGACGACGCAGAAUCUCCUUGGCGAAAUUGUUUUGCGUUUCGCACAGGAACGCUUGUCAUCUCUUGGGAAGGACAAAAAAGAGAGAAAAGAAAUUACGCUUUCGCACAACUCCGUGUGAUAUCGCCGAGUGUAUCGACUAAAAAUACAACUGUGGAGAACAUUAAAAAACAGUGGCAGAUAUAAUAUCGUAAAUCGGAUCAGCGGCUUAGAAGCGGUUAAGAAAGCUUUCAACUUCUGACAGUGUGCGCCGAUCAGUUUUAUCUUGACUUCCAGGUUUUCUUAUGUACAUAAAAAGCAAAAAAGCGCAAACGAUCGCGCGAUAUUGUCAAUACACACAUACACACAUACAUAUAUAUAUAUAUAUAUCCGACAUGCUUAGCCGUAUUAGCUAUGACGAUAAUACGGUAUUAUCGGAAUGAUACUGUUUAUGGCACAGUUUAUAUGAGCGCAAACUGUCAACUUGCAUCCGAUUGCGAGAAGGAAAAAGAAAAAGAAGUGGAAUCGGAAAUAAUCAGAAAAUAACGAGAUACUCGAACACAUUGAAUAAAAUUGAACUUGUCGUCAUUCGCGUCUUUAAUGUCUCCGAGUGUCGACGUUAUUUUAUCGCGACCUUGAACUGGAACUCGUCCUGGAAAGAUGACAUUGAAGAAAGAGGGAAGGAGAUCUUCGAAAAAGAUGGCUAAGCCGAGCCAGAAAGCGUCCAACUGCAACGACGAGAAUGCGAACGCGUCGCAACAGGAAAGUUCCGUGAAGGAAUGCAAACCAGAGAAACCGGAAGCAGAAUGUCAGAAGCCGCCACGCUCUUCUGGCAGCAAAAGGUCAGUCAAGGAAAUUUCCCCGAAGGACACGGACGCGUGUGGAAAACUUGAGCGGCGCGCUUCGCUCCGUCGGAAAUUCAGUGCGUUGUUAAGAGGGAGUGCUGACUUACCGGCGGCGAUAAAUCGCAGCCUGCAACCGAUCAAGCGUAGCCUGAGCUUCAGCAAGGACCUCCAUCGUACUCACGAGCCAUCGAAGCCUUACAGGACUAGCAGCGUACAGUGGUACAACAGUCUUGGCUCACUAGCUGAGGACGAGCGUGUCGACGAGGUCCGCGAUUAUGAAAGGACAAGCGCUUCAAGCGAAGAGGAGAUUUUCGAGGGUGAAAGGGUGCAGAUCACUAGGACUCACAGCCUAAUGGAAAAGAAUCCAGCCGCGAGUCCUAGACGAAGAGUGAACACUCUCUCGCAUCCGACGUCGGUGCCUUAUGGACGACAUAGCGACCAUUAUCACUCCAAUAUAGAUCUAAGCAAUCCACCCUGCGAAGCGAGCAGCCUUCCAGCUUUAAGUCACGUCGCCAUCGACGAAGAUGACAAUAAAACGAAAUCGCUAUUUCAUGGAAGAGAGCAACAGGUCAGGAACGGAUGGGGGAACCUGAGAUCCAGCACCCGAAAUUUGUCUCUGCUACGGCUGAGGAAUUUUGCCACUCAACACUCGGUGCGUUCGAGUUCUUUAACCUCACUAGACGUCCUGGGCAACAGCAUGCUAGACACGGGGGAGCACCAUUUGGGCGGUGGUCCCUCGCAGCAGCAACCACAUCACCUACAUCACCAUCAACAAUCCCAUCAACUGCAGCAACACAACGUCGUCGAGUGCAGUCCUCGAUUCCUUGUACCGAACACGAUGCCUGCCGAAGGUGCACUUUCCAAUCGUACCAGACAUAAACUCUCACGAUCUCAAGUGUCCAGUAGUGAGUACUUCAGCAUCAGCUUCGAAGUAGGCGACGAUGCAACUUCCUUCGAUCGCGAGGAGUUCCUGCCAGCCACGAAAGGCACCUGUCUGGCAGAUGUAUUGGGUGUCGCUUGCGAACGUCGCGGUAUCGAUCUGUCGCGUGUCGACGUUCUGGACAGUUUUUCAACGCCGCUGCCUUUAUUGACGACGGAUACCUCCGUCCUCGGUGGAAAGCAGCUGCGUAUAACCGUUAAAGACGAAAGAACGAAUUCUCGGACGCCGAGUCAAAGAGGAACUCAGAAUGUGUCGUUGCGAAAAACCAGUGGGAAUUACCGGGGUCGAAGUGGUCGUUUCUUCAGCGUCUCCACCGAAGACUCAAGCAUCGACUGCGACGUAGGUGCCUGCGCAACGCUUGUUUCCAGCCGGAGUACCGCUGGGGCUGCGGGACUCAAGGCUAGUAAACAGCGUUGGAGUGGAUUUUUUACCAAUACCAAGGGUACCAAAAUGGAUCUUCUAACUGCCCAACUGGAUGAGUACAAUAAACAUGGCAUACCGAAGUUCACGGAUAUUUCAUUGCACUGUGAUCUAGCGAUCGAUGAAGAAAAAGAGCUGUACAGUUUAGAGGACGACUGGCGCGACAUCGUAGAAAAUUCUGAUCAACUCUCGGAAAAGCAGCAACAGCAACAAACCGCACUCUGGGAAUUAACGCAGACCGAAGUGGCCUACAUUAAAACUUUGAAGGUCGUAACUGACCUCUUCAUGGCGUGCCUGUGCGGCCUGCAGGCCUCGAAUAUUCUGAACGAGGUCGACAGGUCGAAACUUUUCAGCAAUAUACCCAAUAUCUACGCUGCUAAUCGCUACUUCUGGACGGAGCAUCUGCUCACGAUGCUGCACGUGUCUAGAUCGAGUAGACAACCGCUCGAUCCUGGUCACCUUCUACAGGGCUUCGAAACUUUCGAGCAGACGUUCGCGCCUUACACAAGAUACUGUGCCGAGCAGAGCCGAUGUCAACAAUAUUGCCGAGACCGAUUGAACGAUAAUCAACUUUUCACGGCGUAUCUGGUGUGGUGCGAAACGCAGAAGGAAUGCAACCGACUGAAACUUCUGGACAUACUCGUAAAGCCGAUGCAGAGAUUAACAAAGUAUUCGCUCCUUCUCAAAGCAGUUCACAAGAACACCGAAAACGAAGAUCUACGAGUGGAAUUAACCCACAUGAUCAAGUCGGUGGACGAUUUCGUGGCGUCUGUGAACGCGGCCUUGAGAAGAAGUGAGGAAACUGCGCGAUUAACGAGUGCAGCCUCCCGUCUCGAAAGCUACGACGUCGUCGAGUCCAGAGACGAGGAAUUAGAGAAACUGAUCAAGAUACACAAUAAUUUCGACAUUACCACAGCACCGAUACCAGGUUGCCCGAAAGACACCCUGAGAACUCUAUUACGAGAAGGAGACUUGAAAUUGAAGGAUGCCGCUACCAGCAAGAUGGAGGUGCACGUAUUACUAUUGACCGACAUGUUACUAAUUUGCAAACCUUCAACAAAGAAAACAUCGUCAAGCGGCACGAUAGGAGGUGCCGGCUGCGGUUUGAAAAUCAUUAGACAGCCAUACGUUGUCGACCGCAUACGAAUUCAUGAACUCAAAGAACCGUCUAGUCUGGGAUUGAUUUACCUUAACGAGUAUGGGGCAGCCUCUGCUGCUUUGGUCCUCAGCACUGGUGAACCGAAACUAGCUAAGUCAUGGAUGGAGUCCCUGAGAAAAGCUCAACAGCAAUUUGCGUUGAUGAAGGUACCGCCGCUCGGCGAGCCUGUGAUGAACCUGGCGACCGUUAGCAGGCAACCGAGUACAUUCUUGGGUGACGGCGAUUUCGAAGCGGAGGAAUGUGAAGGAAUCCCGAAAACUCCGCGUGGCAGUAGCAGGGCAUCGCGCGUUAGUAGUCUCGCUCAUAGUCACAGUGGUAGUAUGGAGAUGGAAGGUGUGUCUCCGGGAAGCAGCAGUUUCCUACCAAGUUAUAACCCGAGCAGGAACGUCAGUGUUGACACGAACGAACCACCACGAGCAUCAAGCGUAUCGUCGGAGGAAGGUGGCGAGUCCGGUUCCGGCCACAAUCACCGACCCUUACAAAUAAGGCGCUCGUUACUCAGCAAAUCACCGACUCCGAACACCUUGAGUGUCCAAGUUCCAGCAUAUUCGAGCCUGGGUCAAUCGUUACCUAAUCUCACACUGGCUACCUCACCGCAAACAUCGACCGUGUCGCCAACACCGCCGAAUUCGUUGCUCAUCGUGCCACAAAUCACGAAGAGCAAGGAUACCUUGCUCUCGCCAGGACAUCGAGGUAGUAUAUCGUAUCCGCCGCCAUCGCCACCGCGAGGAGCUCUCAGAAGAGCGUUCGCGUUACCGCAGUCCCGGAAUCCGCCCUUGAUCAAGACGAGGCAUGUGAACGCAUCGGUGACGCAAACGAUGCAACCGACUAUGAGCUGCGAUACCGAAGCUAUUGAAGAAAGACGGAGAAAAUUGGAACUUUCGCAAAGAAUGCCGUCUACAAGCAGCAUUACUGAGGACAAGAAAUAACAUGAACCCACCUGCAAGAAGAUCUUCCGAACAUUUAAAUUGGUGUAGAUCACCGUCGACGUGGAUGUACGUGAUACGUAAUGCUUAGGAACAAGAUAUCACUUCUGGCUGACUAUGUGUAAGUGCUGCACACACUUUCACAAAGAAAAUCCGAGGAACAGUGAUAUCUUCGAGGACCGGUUGUCUCUCAUUCCCUGGAAGUGUACGAAACGUGUUAAGCAAUUUUACAAUCGAUUGGGGCCAUUCGAAAUCAACGUAAAGUUUGUACCAUGACCGUAUCACUACUUUAUCUCGUUAGACUUAUAACACUCUUAUAGACUUCUUUUUUUAACAUUAACUGCGCGGCGAUGGGCAGGGUCGCGUAAAAUAUUAAGCAUAGAGGACUUAGACUCUUAAGCGAAACGAACAGAAAGGCCUACUUAGCGUAAUUACAUUAAGACUACAUAGCGGAAACUUUAGAACUUAACAAUUUUAAUAGUUGAGGUACAUAAGCCUCUAGCAAUUUUUUCCAGAGAGAUCCAAUAACUGUAUUUGUGACGAGGAUCUGCAAGCGAAAUGAGCUGCAAUGGACCGUAAAUCUCCUGCAUUAAUAAUUCUUGGCGAAGCGUGUUUGGACGAGCUGUUUUCUCGAAUACGUGCGAAGAAAAAGAUGGAAUAAGGAUGAUUACUUUAAGUACAAAUUCGAUUUUGGCGACAUUUCGUUCCAAAAGACUGAGAUGUGAGAAUCGAGGACUAUCGAUAAAAAUGUCAUCUAUCUAGAGACAACAUUAUGUAGAAGAGGUAAAAAGAAAUAAAAAGCGGAAGAAAAAAAGGGUGGAAGGAGACAGAGCAAUGAUUUUAUACGAGCUCCUACUAUCCGGUUUCUUUCAUUCCCUCGGUUUGUGCUGUUUUCGCUUGAAGCUUGAAACAUUAAUUAUUUCUAAGUACACGGAUCGCACGAGCAUGUAUAAUUAUAUCUGAGAUCAAAG